ACCGGUGCUGACGUACUCCAGACGCUUCUCUUCCCUCCUCCUUUCCUCCUUUCGCACAUCUUCCUUUAUUCAGAUCUCACUCCACCCUCACCUGAUCCGGGUUUCGUUGAUCUUUGGCUUUGGAUUUUGUUAUGGCUGCUCCACCUGCAAGAGCUCGAGCCGAUUACGAUUACCUCAUAAAGCUCCUCUUGAUCGGCGACAGCGGUGUGGGUAAAAGUUGCCUCCUUUUGCGUUUCUCAGAUGGCUCCUUCACUACUAGUUUUAUAACAACUAUUGGCAUUGACUUUAAGAUAAGGACCAUUGAGCUUGAUGGAAAACGAAUCAAACUGCAAAUCUGGGAUACUGCUGGGCAAGAGCGAUUUCGUACAAUUACAACUGCUUACUACCGUGGAGCCAUGGGUAUCUUGCUUGUUUAUGACGUCACUGAUGAGUCAUCUUUCAAUAACAUCAGGAACUGGAUUCGGAACAUUGAACAACAUGCUUCUGACAAUGUCAACAAAAUUCUGGUGGGUAAUAAGGCCGAUAUGGAUGAAAGCAAAAGGGCUGUCCCUACCUCAAAGGGUCAAGCUCUUGCUGAUGAAUAUGGCAUCAAAUUCUUCGAAACUAGUGCAAAGACGAACUUAAACGUUGAGGAGGUUUUCUUUUCCAUAGCUAGGGAUAUCAAGCAAAGACUUGCAGAUAGUGACUCGAGGGCUGAGCCGCAGACAAUCAAAAUUAACCAACCCGAUCAAGCAGGAGGGGCUGCUCAAGCUGCUCAAAGGUCAGCAUGCUGUGGUUCUUAAGCAAAACCAUGUUGAGAACCGGAUCUGAAGGCAAUAUUCUCUAGGGAGCCAUCAUGGUCGAAAACUAAUUUUGUUACAACUAUGUUCCUGUUUGUAUUGCUCUGCCUCAUUAUUUCGUAAUCCAUAUCUGCUACACUUUGGGUGUGAAUGUUAGAUUCUUGGUAUUUUUUCAAAAUUAAUUAUAUUAGAUUAUUUUUCUUCAACCCAUUUCCUCCGUGCUUUGAAUACAUAAAGCUCAAUUUC